AUGAGUCCCAGGGUCGCCUCGCUUCUUCAUUUCCUGCUGCUGGUCGACAAGGCCGCGGCGGGACGAGGAGUCAAAUGUGGCGGCAUCCUCUCUGCACCCUCUGGCAACCUCUCUAGCCCAAACUUCCCAGGCCUCUACCCGUACAACAUUGACUGUUCCUGGCUCAUCGUGGUUCCGGAAGGUUCCUCUGUGCUGCUCAACUUCCACCACUUUGAGCUGGAAUUCCACGCCGGUUGUGCCUACGACCACGUCAAGAUCUACAACGGCGUCCCCGGCGACGAGGGCAACCUGCUCGGCACCUUCUGCGGAGACGGCGCCCCUCCUCCGUUCACCUCGUCCUGGAACGUCAUGUCGAUCAUCUUCCACUCGGACCGCCACGUCGUCCACAAGGGCUUCAGCGUUGGCUACAGGAAAGAUAUGUGCGGCGGGGUCCUCACCGGCCUAUCAGGUGUGAUCUCUAGUCCAGGCUACCCUCAGGACUACAGCAACAACGCAGACUGCACUUGGUUCAUCCAGGUGUCCAACAGCAGCGUGGUCACCUUGGUCUUCCUAGACUUCCAGAUGGAAGACAACAAGGGCUGUAAUUUUGACUACGUGGCAAUGUUUGACGGCCCCAGCGUCGGCCAUCAACACCUUGGCACCUACUGCGGGGCUGACAAACCCCCAACGUCCAUCUCCACCUCCAGUCAGCUGAUGGUGGUCUUCAAGUCAGACUUCAACAUCGCUGGCCGUGGCUUUAAGGCCUACUACUACUCAGGUGAAUGCCAGCAGGUGUUGUCAGCCGUGAGCGGUAAUUUCAGCAGCCCUCACUUCCCUGAGAUCUACCCCAACAACAUCAACUGCCAUUGGAGCAUCUCGCUGGCGGCCGGUUACCGCAUCAAGCUCUUCUUCCCCGUCGUGGACCUGGAGGGCCGCAAUACUUUGACGGGUGAAUGCGACUACGACUCGUUGGCCGUGUACGACGGGGACCGGCAGAUGGAUGCGUCGCUGCUGGGGAGCUGGUGCGGCGGGGAGAGGCCGCCGUCUCUCGUCUCCCGGGGCAACAAGAUGCUGGUGGUGUUGAGUACGGACAGAGAUGAGGCGCACAGAGGCUUCACGGCGUCUUAUCUUGGAGUUGUGCCUGUGAACGUGAGCUGCACCAGGUCAGAGUUCACCAUCCUGAUACCCCAGCAGUCGCUGCCCCAGCUGGACCGAGAGCGCAUCUACCUGGGCAACCCCUCCUGCACCGCCCAGCUGACCGCCACCUCCUACAAGAUCCUCGCGCAGUUCGUCAACUGCGGCACCGCCAGUCAGAAACACCGCAACGUCACCAUGCUGGUGAACAAGCUCUACAUCGACUUCUCGGACGGAGACGAGCACAACGUGCAGGAGUACAAAGUGCAGUGCGACGCCAUGAAGAAGGUGGCGUCUGCCUCUAUUGUCUCGGCCGAGGAGCGACGCCUGGAGCAGCGGGCCCUGCACGGCGACGCCGGCGGCGGCGGGGGGCACGCCAGCCGCCCGCACGCCGAGCCCCACGACCUCAGCGACGUUGUCUUCAUCAGCAUCUGCGUGUUGGCCGUCAUUCUCAUGGUGAUAGCCAUCGUCUGGUUGGUGCUCCUUUAA